UUGUUACAAACAACAGGUAGAUCGCUACGUUCCACCGCGUUAACAGACCGCAACCUGUUACUGGUUCGUGCCAUACAAAUAUCAGCUCAUGGCUCAUGCCUCAUUGUAGGUUCGUGGUGUAUGGUGUCAGGUUGGCCACACCUGUUGUAAGCAAGUGCAAAUUAUUAUAAUUUACAAUACGUUAUUUGAUUCGUUCUUAUCACACACACACGAGUGUUUAUUUCAGGCGUUGGCCGUCGCCCAUCGCUUCUGCAAUAAUAAACCGAGAAUCCUUCAACGAUGUCGACCACCGCGGAACAAGACAACGACGUCGAGCCCACCAUACGGUUGUGUAAAUUGCGUACGUGGCCCGACGCAUUCGACGGUUAUGGAUUCAACCUGCACGCGGAAAAAGCCAAAACCGCCAACGGUACCAACAACGUCAGUGCCAAGGUUCCCGGCCAGUAUGUCGGUAAAGUGGACUCAGGGAGUCCGGCUGAGGCUGCAGGGCUCAGGGAAGGCGAUCGCAUAGUGGAGGUGGACGGCCACAACGUCGAAGGCGAGACGCACGCCCAAGUGGUGGAGAGGAUCCGCCGGGGCAAAGGAGAUUCGGGUAACACUACAGAGCUGUUGGUGUUGGACAAACGGGCGGACCAGUAUUACAGAGACAGAGGUGUGCAGGUAAGCUACACGUCAUUGCAGCGUGCGAUCCUCGUGCUGGAAGCCCCGGAGCAUCCGCUGGAAGCAACGACCAACAAGAGUAACGACAACAACGGCAGUGUGUCACCCAAUGAAUCUGGCAACCGUUUGAAUUUAAACAUGACUGCGGCAGAGUUAAGAAAACAGCUUGCCGAAAAGAAGAUGGCCAACCGCAGAGGUGCGCAGUCCCUGGACCUACGUACUAAAUAUGAUAUUGUCGAUAAGUUAUAGGUCAUUUCAGUUCCGAAUUAGCAUUUAAAAUUUUACCGUUAAAUCCGUCCCGUUCACAACAGGGUAUUUUUAGUAUAUUUGUUUAGAAUAAGUACCUAAUUGUAUUUGUUAAUUAUGUAUAGUAGAGGAUGGGAAUAAAUGUAUUGACUAUUAAAAUACAAAGUACUUCAUUUGUUAUCUUUUAAAAUGUGUAAAAUACAAAUUAUUUUUAAUGUUCCAAUAUAAUAUUACAUUCAUAUGAAA